AUGGCAUCUAGUUGCGGCGGCGACCGCUGGCUCGAUGGAGGCCUGGGAGGCCGUCGGCGUGGGCGGAAAUGGCUGGCAGCGCAAGAGAAUUCAGAGAAAAUGAUCGUGCCCCGGUUGUUCAUGGUUGUCUUGUUGAUACAAUCAAGUUUGGCGAGGAAACAUGGUGAUCAACGGCCUCCACAUCCUUCACGUAGAUGGCUGACCCUCAGCGGUAAGCGUCCGCUUGUGAUAGCACGGGGUGGAUACUCGGGGCUGUUUCCAGAAUCGUCCCCAAUUGCAAAUGAGUUUGCAAUAACCACUAGCUUAAAUGAUUUGAUUCUUUACUGUAAUCUACAACUAUCAAAAGAUGGGAUUGGCUUCUGCCUGUCAAGCUUGGAUCUCAGUAACUCCACCAAUAUAGCAGACGUUUUCCCAGCCAAACCCAAAUCUUACACUGUCAAUGGCAAGGUCACGCAAGGUCGCUUUUCUGUAGAUUAUACGGCUGAAGAGCUCAGCAAUGUCGCAUUGAUUCAGAAUAUAUUUUCCCGACCAUACAUAUUUGAUGCGCUGGGCAUGCCCAUGACUACUGUUGAAGAAAUAGCGAAGUCUCAUCCAGCUGGGUUCUGGUUAAAUGUUCAGUACAGCAGUUUCUAUGCAGAACACAAGCAAGAUCCAACGUCAUACGUUUUGGAAACUUCGAAAAGCGCUCCCAUUCACUACAUCUCCUCUCCAGAGAUCGGCUUCUUGAAGAAUUUGAACAGAAAUAUGGGCGGAUCAUCGAGGACGAAGCUUGUGUUUGUUGCCCCAGAACCCAACACCGUCGAGCCCACGACGAACUUAACCUACGCCGCCCUGCUCAAGAACCUGUCCGCCAUCAAGGAAUUCGCGUCUGGAAUUCUGGUGCACAAACAGUACAUCUGGCCCGUCAAUCCUGAGAUGUACCUGGAUUCGCCCACCUCUCUCGUGACCGAUGCUCACAAUCUCGGCCUUGAAGUCUUCGCUACCCGCUUCGCCAAUGACGACCACAUAAGCUUCAACUACAGCUACGACCCCUCCGUCGAGUACCUGCAGUUCAUCGACAACUCCCAGUUCUCUAUCGAUGGCUUUCUUACAGAUUUCCCUUCCACGGCAUCCACAGCCAUUGCGUGCUUGGCGCAUCACAAGAAGGCGCCUCGGCCGCCCCAAGGACCCUUGGUGAUAAGCCACAACGGAGCCAGCGGAGUUUACCCCGGCAGCACUGACCUCGCCUACCAGCAAGCGGUGGAUGACGGAGCCGACAUCAUCGACUGCUCCGUGCAGAUGUCCAGGGACGGAAUUCCCUUCUGCUUGAAUGCAACUGACCUCACUCCUACCACCAAUUCCGGGUCCCUUUUCUUGGACAGAUCUGCUUCAAUCCCUCAACUUCAGAAGGAUAAUGGAAUUUUCUCCUUUGAUCUCUCCUGGGAUGAGAUCAAGACCCUCCAGCCUGUGAUAUCGAGUCCAUUACCAGAUAGCACCAGCUUCCCUAGAAAUCCGGCAAACAGGAACAAGGGCAAACUUAUAACUCUGGCUGAAUUUCUGGAAUUCGCCAAGCAGCAAAAGGUCCACGGAGUAUUAGUCACCAUCCGGAAUGCGGCGUACUUAGCAGCAAACAAGGGCCUGAGCGUAACGGAUGCUGUGGCCACGGCCUUGAGCAAUGCUUCUUUGGACAAGCAAUCCGCCCAACAAGUCUUGAUCCAAUCAGAUGAUAGCGCCGUGCUAUCCAAGUUUGGCAAUAACAAAAACUACAAGAAAGUGUUCAUGAUCGAGGAGGCCAUAGGUGAGGCACCAAAGGCAACAGUGGACCAAAUCAACAAGUUUGCUGAUGCAGUUAACGUGCGCAAGCCCUCCAUCAUUCCAAGUCCUAAUUCAUUCACGGCAACCGCCACCAGGGUGGUCGAGGAGUUCCACAAGGCCAACAUGUCUGUGUUUGCUUCUGUUUUUCUAAACGAAUUUGGGUACUUUGCUUACGAUUACUUGACAGAUCCCAUGGUAGAGAUAGCAACUUUUACUCUGCCGCCCAUUAGUAUUGAUGGAAUUGUCACCGAGUAUCCGGCAACUGCAAGCGCAUAUCUCAGAAGUCCGUGUUCUCAGCCAGAUCGGGCUCUGAGUGAAUUCUCGAUCCAACCAAUAAACCCCGGCGACUUGAUUCACCACUUGCCAGAGGGAAUGCCAUUGCCGCCUGCGGAAGCCCCACAGCCAGCACUCAACAUUUCAGAUGUGGUGGAUCCGCCGCUGCCUCCUGUCUACAAUCAGGCUGCCGCAUCGGAACCACCCAUGCAUCAACCUCCUGCUUCAUCCUCUGAUGCGAAAAGAUACAGUGCCCAAACACUAAAAGUCGCUAACUUGGGUCUCACUCUCAUGGGGAUCGUCGUGCCUAGUGUGCUUUCUACAUGGUAA